AAUGAAUGAAGAUGAAGAAGGUUUUGAGGAUUUGAAAAAUGGUAUUUCAAAAUUAAUCAAAAUUUCAAAGAAAAGCAUGAAAAAAUACAUUCAAAGUAAUAUGGAUUUUUCAAAAUAUGUUCAUUUACCAAAAUUAAUGGAAGUAAUUAAGGAAGAAAAAGAAUUUAAAGAAAUUUUGGACUUGUGUGAAAAAAAUAUUUAUAGAAAAAAUAAAAAAAAAGUACAUAAAUUGGAAGAAGAGAUUAUACCACAACAAGAAAACAAUACUACAACAGAAAGAGAAAUUGAUCAAUCAACAAGACCAGUUCCAAUAAUAGCAACAGAAGAAAUUCCACAAACAUCAACUAUUGCAGACAACACUAUUGCUACAACACUAAGAAAACAAACUGCAAUAACUACAACAAGUGAUGAAGAAAUUAUUGAAGCUGCAGCCAGAGCAGAAGCAGCAACAACAGCAUCAGCAGACACUGGAACAACUCUUCAAAUAAGUGAUUGUAAUGCAGUCAAUUAUACACAAAUGGAUAUUGGUUUAUUAGAAGAAUUGGGUAUUAAUUUAGAAAUUGGCCAAGAAAUUGAGAUGGAAGAGAUAAAUGAAGAAGAAGAAGAAGAAGAAGAAGAAAUAGUAGAUAAAUUCUACAUUGAUUUACAAAAAAAAAAUGAAAGAAAAAUAGAGGUAGGUAAUAUGUUGAUUGUUCAAAGAACUAAUAAUAUUAUUGUAGACACUGGUUCUUUAAAUAUAAUUGAUAAAACACAAAAAAUAUUUCUCAGAAAGGUAAAACCACAAUUUACAAAUGUUACUGAUUAUACCAUUCUUACAGAUCAAUUUAUUAAGUUAGGUGAUAAAAAAUGGGAAAAGGUACAAUCUAUGAUUAAAACAGAAAAAAAAAUACAAAUAUUUUGUAUUGAAGAUUUAAAAAUGGAUGAUUCACUUCCAAUUAUAACUGGUUGGAAAUUAAUCACCAGUAAUCUUUUUAUAUAUUUAAAGAAUAUUCCAAAAGACAUAGACAUAAAAAAAAUUGUUAAGCAGUUACCUUUUUCCAAAAAUAAUUUGUGUUUUACAAAAAAAACUUUUGACAAAGAAAUUUGUCAAAAUUUGAAAGUCAUGGGAUGUAAGUUAUUAAAUCAUCCCAAUGAAAUAUUCAAAAAAGAGGAAACUCUUGUUAUUAGAUUGCUUAAAGAAUUAAUGUCUGCUGUUAAAUGUUAUUAUGUUGUUCAAAAAUAUUUGCUUUGUUUUUAG